AUGCCUGCUGCGCUGAGUUUCCGAGAUUCUGCUGGGGACAGUCGAUCUACCUUGAACAUUAUGCCAGUCACUCUCAGUCAGACGGACGAUCCAGAGGUCACCAAGCAACAACCGGACGUGAAACCAUUACCCGUAUCGUCUUCAUUGACCAGCGGCUCCACAACGACCGUCAACGAUGGACCGGUCAUUCAGACCAAGAGCAAAGGUGUCGUAGAAAUGGAGAAUCUCAUCGGCAGACUCUCUCCUUUCCUCCUCAUUAUCAUCUAUGGCUCAUUCAUGCUUCUUUCGUAUACUUUAUCGUUAAAUCAAUACACUGCCAGCUACUUUCUGAACAUUGCCACGUCUGAAUCUUUCAAUCAACACUCCCUCCAGGCAUCCGUGACGACCAUCGCGGCCGUCUUUCAAGCUAUGGCUCAACCUCCCAUCGCAAAAAUGGCCGAUGCAUUUGGCCGAGUUCCUGCUGAAGCGGCCUGUGUGAUCCUAUACGUCCUUGGAAACGUCAUCAUUGCGUCGUCAAGGAGUAUCGUCGAUUACGCUGUCGGAGACUGUAUCUACCAGUUGGGAAUCACUGGAUUAUUCCUCUUGCAGAAUAUCAUCAUUGCUGAUAUCUCCAGUCUGAGAAAUCGAUACUUUUGGACCAUUUUCCCGUCGAUUCCUCAAGUCAUCAAUGCGUUUGUAUCUGCAAAUAUCGUCGAUAGUCUGUUGAACAGAGGUCCUAACACGACGCAAUGGCGAUGGGGAUUCGGUAUAUUCACCAUUCUUAUUCCUGUCGUUGCGAUCCCCAUCCUCGUGACCUUGUGGUGGGGAACGCGUUCAUCCAAAGGCGAACGAACAGCUGCAGAGACGUCAUCUGCCGGACCAAAGCGACCGAUCCGGAAACACCUCUGGCGAGGAGCUGUAUCCCUCUUUUGGCAGCUCGACUUCAUGGGCUUGCUCCUCUUCGUCGUCGGCUUUGGACUCUUGUUCGUCACGUUGACGCUCGCCAAUUCGCAGACAGCUCAUUGGUCUGAUGCCCACUCCAUCGUCCAGUUGGUUAUCGGAGCCAUUGUGAUCGUGGCUUUCGUCCUCUGGGAAAGGUAUUACGCUCCCCAUCCCCUGCUUCCAUUCGCUUUGCUCAAGCGCAAGACAGUCAUCGGAUGCUGUCUGAUCGCGCUUUGGCAUCCGAUGGCCGGAACGAUCUCCGCUGGCUACCUGACAACAUUCCUACAAGUCGCUGCUGGUCAAUCCGUCAUCUCUACACAGCGUAUCACGUCGUUCCCCGCGGUCGCAGGCUGGAUCUGCGCGAUUGUCGGAGCGUGGGUCGCUCGUCGAUUCAGGGUCCUGAAACCUAUCAUCAUCGCCGGAGCUGCCAUUGAGACUUUGGCUAUUGGUCUGAUGAUCCGAUAUAGGACAAGCACCAACACACAAGCCGAGCUGGCUGUCGUUCAGCUCAUCCGUGGCGCCGCGAACGGCUUGAUCCCGUACCCCGUUCAAGCAUUGAUUCAGGCUUCGGCGCCACAUGAGCACCUCGGAGCAAUCACUGCUGGUUGGUUGGUGGUGUAUUACCUUGCGGGAGGUAUAGGCUCUGCCAUUGGCGGUGCCAUGUGGACGAACAUUGUUCCCAGAAAAUUGGGCCAAUACCUAGGUGGCAACGAUACCCUCAUCGAGAUGGCAUAUGCCAAUCCGUUUGGAUAUGCUGCUCAGUUUCCGAUGGGAACGACUGAACGGACGGCAAUAUCGAGAGCACAAGAUGAGGCGCAACGUACUAUGGUCAUUGUCGGUACCAUUGUCGCGUUCAUUGGCCUAGUAACUUCGAUCUUCAUGCUUGACAACUGGAAGUUGACUGAUGAGCAGUCACUGAAGGAGUCGGAGGACUUGGUCGAAGAAGGAGUGCAGGCUUCCAGGUUUAAGAAGCGCAAUGCCGCGUAA